UACCGUUUUUUACGCGUUCCUGAAGAGUCUCGAAUAGUUACGCGGCGGUUCAUUUAAAAUUUCGCGGUAUCGCCUGAUACGCGGAGGAGCGUCAAAUUCGCUGUCAUUAAAACUGAUACCAAAGAAAAACUUUACAUUAUUUUGCAUGUAACUAUGUGUUAGUCGUAGCCGUUUGAAAUUUAUUCGGUGCGUGUGACGAAUUGUUUAAAGAAAUUUUUGGUGGCUACAAUGUUCGCGGUCGUGUUGGUGGUUUUUGUACUUUUUUGCAAGACGCGGAAAAACGGGGAGUGGUUGAGAAUUAUGGGUCUUGGAAUUUGUGCCGUUGGCGGUUCAGAAGUAGAGGGCAAAUACGAAAAUGAACCCGCUUCGAGCAUCUAUGAAGUGGAAGCCGUGCUCGGGGGCAUUGCGAAGCUGCCAUGCGAUAUCGACCCAUCGGUUGCAGGAGAUAAAAUGCACAUCGUAGUUUGGUUCAAGGAAAAAGAUAAUGGACGAACUCCCAUUUACACGAUCGACGCAAGGGAGAAACCGCUGGAACAAGGCAAACGGUGGGUCGCGGAAAAUUAUCUGGGAAUCGAAAGGGCAUUCUUUAGGGUUCAGGAUCAUCCGGCGAAACUGACGCUGGACAACGUAAAUGACAGCGAUGCUGGCGUUUAUUAUUGCCGGGUCGAUUUCAGACAGACGCCAACCAGGAAUGUCAAGGUUAUCCUAAAUAUAAUUGGUACGUGGUAG